AUGCUGGAGAACAUGUCCAGACGCAACCGCUCCCUGCUGUCACUUUUCCUCACCUCACUGGCGCUCACCCUGUCCGUCUGCGCCUUCUGCACCUCCUACUGGUGUGAGGGGACACACAAGGUGGUGAAGCCUCUCUGCCUGUCGCCCGUCAAGCUGAAGAACUGUGGGCAGAACAACAGUCAGCCGUACACCACAGAGGCCCCCACGCCGGACCCGAGGAGCCCGGUCUCCAACGUGACCCUCAGUCCGCUCCAGAAGGAGGAGCUGGCCAGGAUAAAGAGGAAGCAGCUGGCCAACGCCGUCCAUUACAUCUGGGAGACGGGCGAGGACAAGUACAUGCUGCGCUACUUCCACACCGGCUUCUGGCUCUCCUGUGAGAAGCACAACGAAGGUGAGGAUCAGGAAGAAAAGUGUCGCAGCUUCAUUGAGCUGACGCCAGGAGAGACACAAGGUGUCCUCUGGCUGUCAGUCAUCAGUGAGUUCACGUACAUCGGCCUUCUGGCUAUGGGCUUCCUGCUGAUGUGUGUGGAAGCACUUUGCCUCUGUGCCAAGAGGGAGAUGAACGCCCUCAAGAUCAACGCCUUCGCUGCCAUGUGCACCGUCCUGUCAGGUAUGAUGGGGAUGGUCGCACACAUGAUGUACACCACAGUGUUUCAGAUGACGGUGAGCAUCGGGCCCAAAGACUGGAGGCCACAGACGUGGGACUACGGAUGGUCGUUUGCCAUGGCCUGGCUGUCGUUCAGCUGCUGCAUGGCGGCCGCCGUCGCCACGCUCAACUCCUACACCAAGACCAUCAUCGAGAUGAAGCACCGGGCCCGGGUGAGGCUGGAGGAGGCUCGCACCGCUGCCCGCGCCCCCUCCUACGAGGAGGUCGUCCGAGCUGGUGGUGGUGGGGUUUACUCCGUCAGUCAGCUGAUUCAGCUUGGCCAGCAGGGGGCGCUCAUGGAUCCUAUGUGGCCCAGAGGAGUGGGACCAGCUGUCGGACAAUUGGCAUGCGGCGCUGGGGGAGCGCUGCUUGUUGGUGGUGGGGGGAUGGGAGCUGGAGGGAUGGGAAUGGGAAUGGGAAUGGCAAUGGGCAUGGGAGGAGUUGGAAUGGGAGGAAUGGAUGUAGGAGGAAUGGGAGUUGGAGGAAAUGCAGUUGGAAUGGGAGCAGUAGGAGGAGUUGGAGGAAUGGGAGUCGGAGGAAAUGGAAUUGGAAAGGCAGGAAUGGGAAUGGGAGCAGUGGGGGGAGUUGGGGGAAUGGGUUUUGGAACAAUGGGAGCGUUGGGUGGAAUGGGAGGGGGAAGACUGGUGGACCAUCACGGUGUGGUGGUGGUGGAGGGCUGCGGCACUGAAGGAUGUGAAGACUGUGAACGGGAGAUGGACGACAUAGAUUACACCGUGCAGGAGGAGAGAGAGGACUCACUCUGCUAAGACUUUGGACAAACAUCUUGUAGGACUUCCUGUUCUACACUUCCUGUUUUUUUUGUUGGGUUUUUUGUAUAUUUGCUGUUUCAUAUGAUAACUGUAGCAAGAUGCGUUUCUGGGCUGUUUUGAAGUUUGCAGUUUGCAUCUCAAGCUGUCUCAUUCAACCUCGUGACCACAUGGAGGCAAAACAACAUUCAAACUCACAGACUGACAGCUCUAAUGCCUCGCUGCACAGGUUAGCAGAGAAUUACCUUCUUAAUCAUCAUUACCAUCCCAUUGCAGUCAGAUGAUUGUAAGACCAAUAUUCAUUCUCCUGCUUUUGUCUCCAUCGACAGGAAAAUCUUUGGCUUCUUGUCGAUUCUGACCGGGCAGGUAGUGUACAGCCAGCUCACCUUCGUUGAGCUUGUUUGAUUAAAACUGUGACUUUUUACAAGGACGGUUGGUAAAAACAUUCAGUGCUGCUAUCAAGUAUGUAUGCAGAACCAGAACCACAGUUAGACUGCAUGGAGUUGAUCAGGUCCAGACAUUGCUUACAGAAGCUGUCACAGAUUUACUAUUUGUGUUCUUAAUAACAUGCAAUGGCAUCUCAAACCCUGCAGUUUUAACCCAGCUGCACUGUUGACUUUUUGAAACUCAUUCCCUAAGUCUUUAUUUAUUUAUAAUGAACAGGAAGAACAAAGUGGCAAGAUAUGGACAAAAAAAACUGUAUAAAAUGUAUAAAAUGUUGUAUGUUUUUUAACAGCAGUGUAGUUUUAACUGCAAAGUAUUUUCAGAUAUGUUUAAAGAAUUGAAAGGCAAUAAUGUGAGGCGACGCCAAUAGAUGUUGUAUCCUGUUAGUACAUUUUUACUUUUUUAUCAUGUCUAAGACUGACUGUUCUGACUGGAUAUACACAGAACAACAGCAAUAUAUCAAUAUUACCAACUUCAGUGACUUCUUCAGGGGUUGUAUGUAACGUUGUGACUCAUGAGAUGUAUGACAGGAUGUGAGAAUGUAUUCAAAUGGGAAUUCAAAAGGUGUUGAGAGAUGUUAAUGACACAGAUGUGACAACGACUGUGGCAUAUAAUGUUAUUUAUAUUUUUGGUUUGUGAUCUAUGUUUGUGUGAAUGGAUGAAAAUCUCCUCCCGUACGGUGAUAAAUAAAACCAAACCACAUCAUCUGAUGUCUCAUCAUGUC